AUGUCAAUGGAUUCAUUCUACAAGCCAUUGACCCCUGAACAAUCUGCUGCAGCCUUCCGAAACGAGUUCGAUUUUGACUCGCCAGACGCUAUAGAUUUCGACGUCUUGGUUAGGAUUCUUGGCGACCUCAAGGCGGGAAAGAAGGCGGAAGUUCCGAUAUACUCCUUUCAGAAGCAUGCGAGGAUUGAUAAGACGAACACGAUUUACUCGCCGCAUGUCCUGAUCCUGGAGGGCAUCUUCGCACUACACGACCAGAGGGUGCUGGACAUGCUAGACCUGAAGAUAUUCGCCGAAGCCGACGGCGACCUCUGCCUCUCCCGACGACUCGUCCGCGACGUCCGCGACCGCGGCCGCGACAUCGAAGGCUGCAUCAAGCAAUGGUUUUCCUUCGUGAAGCCCAACUUCUACAAAUACGUGCAGCCGCAGCGCGAAGUCGCCGACCUGAUCGUCCCGCGCGGCAUCGAGAACAAAGUCGCCAUCUCCAUGGUCUCGGACCGUGUCAAGAAGAUCCUCAAGCACAAGAGCCGCCUGCACCAGGCUGAACUCCGGCGCCUAGGGCAGGUGGCGGAGGAUGCGCCCAUGAGCGAUAAUUGCAUCGUGUUGGAGGAGUCGGCCCAGAUUCGCGGGAUUAACACGCAGCUGCUGGACCCGGAUCUGGACAGGGAGAACUUCAUCUUCUACUUUGAUCGCAUGGUGAGGUUCCUGGUUGAGCGGGCGGUGGAGUGCAUGAGCUACGAACCCCAUCAGAUCCUCACGCCUCAGAACUACACGUACAUGGGCCUCAAACAGGAAGGCGAAGUCAGUGGCGUGGUCAUCCUCCGUGGCGGCUGUAUUCUCGAAACGGGCCUCAGACGCGUGAUACCGGACUGCCGGACCGGUCGUCUCUUGAUACAGACCGACUACCGCACAGGGGAACCCGCCCUCCACUACCUCUCCCUUCCCACCGAAGGCUCUAGCCCGAUCAGCACUCAUGAGCGCGUACUGCUUCUGGACCCGCAGAUGUCGUCCGGCGGUGCCGCGCUGAUGGCCGUGCGCGUGCUGGUCGAUCACGGGGUUGCAGAAGAGAAGAUCGUGUUCGUGACUUACAUGGCCGGACGCGUGGGCGUCAACCGGCUGCUAAGUGUAUAUCCUGAGGUAAAGGUUGUGGUGUGUCGGCUGGUUGACGAUGUAGAGGAGAGGUGGGUUGAGAGCAAAUAUCUUGGGUGUUGA